UAAUAUCUCUAAUUGGUUUCUUCCAUCUGUAAUCAGAAAAUCGAGCGGGUGCUCUUUCGAUUUCACUCCACACAGAGAGAGAACCAAACCCUAAGAACCCCCACCAUAGCCGGAGGGGGAAGUUUCAGCGGAGAUGGGAAGCGCCGAUCCGGUCGAUGAUCGGACCUUCAAUGGUGAUUUCAGUGAGGAAGGAGUCGGGAAGUUGAAAGAGAGAGUGAAGGUUAAACUGAAAGAGUACAUGGGAGAUUACACGGAUGACAUUCUAGUGGAGUAUGUGAUAGUUUUGCUUAAGAACGGGAGAAGGAAAGAGGAAGCGAAGAACGAAUUGAAGAUAUUUCUUGCAGAUGAUAGUGAUUCUUUUGUGGCCUGGUUGUGGGAUCAUCUGGGUGAAAGCAUGGAUGAAUACUUUACUAUAAGCAUUCAGAAUGAGGAUACGGCACUUGUGCAGAUGGAGUCUGAAUCUGAAAAAGGGAGGUCUGGUGCUCGCCGCGGCAGAGGAUGGAGAAGCCAGCUAACUAAUGCGCCUGAUGUUCCUCCUCUUUUGAGUUCUGAGGUUCACAAAAUUCAUAACUACGAGAAGAGAGAUUACAGAGAAAGACAUGGUAAAAGGUCUCCGUCUCCGCAGUCUCAGUCCCGUAGGAAAAGGAGUAAAACUGACGGCUCACGGAGUGAACAGAUGGAGGCUAAACCUAAUGUUUCUAGCCGGCUGCUUCAGUUUGCUAUGCGAGAUGCUCUGGCUAUAUCAAAGCCGACUGAACCCUCUUUAAAACGUCUCCGCUCAGUGGUGUCUGCGUCGACUCAAGACUCAUCUGACCCCAACCCAGCUCAGAAAAUUCGAUCUGCUGCGAGGGUUGUGAAUCCCAUGGCUACUGUUUUCAAAGCUGUCGCUGAAGCAGCUGAAGAUGCCAAAAAUUCAAAAUCUGGGAGAAGUGUCUUUGACAGAAUUAGUCACACCACUGGUUUUUCUGAGACACUUGGUGAAGUUUCCACUCAGAACGAAGAACAUAGGAAUUUUAACGAAGAGCAGGAACCAGUACAGCAUCAUUACACGCAGCGUCUUGACAACAAUGGAGUGUAUGUUGAGAACAUGGCGACUUUUGACACUGGCUUGCAGCCAAACUUUUCAUCUGAUCGAAGCAAGCUUGGUUCAAAUGUUAAUGUGUCUCACCCAAGUUCUUUUGCUGGGAACAGAAUUAACAAUCCGAGAAGUCUGCAGGAUCGUUUAGUCGAUGACCCCAGAAGAGUUAAAGGGACGAAUUAUCAAAACCACCUUACUGAAGUUGCAACCAAGCAGAAAACUGCAGGUUUCUCUGGCAAUGCAGGGAAAACAGUGAAGUUAGAGGAGCAGAUGAAAGUGCCAGAUGUGGGUCUGCAAAAAUAUAUGGACAGAGGCAGAGUAGUCUCUAGUGAAGCUACAAUUGGGAGUGGAAGUGUAAAGCCUGUUCCCAGUGCGAGAGAAGACACAGCGACUAAGAAAUCUGUUCCCGGGACAUUAUCUACUACCCGCCCUUUGGAAGAUGCUAGUUCUCGAACAAUCUUUGUCGCCAAUGUUCACUUUGGUGCCACCAAGGAUAGCCUUUCAAGGCAUUUCAACAAGUGUGGUGAAGUGCUUAAAGCUGUCAUAGUUACAGAUCCAGCGACAGGCCAACCAAGUGGAUCAGCAUACAUUGAGUUCACUCGUGGAGAAGCUGCAGAUAAUGCAUUGUCUCUGGACGGUACCUCGUUCAUGUCUCGGAUUCUCAAGAUUGCGAAAGAAAGCAAUGGGCAACACCAACAGGAGGCAGCGUCAUGGGCUCGAGCAGGAAGGUACGCAAGAGCCUCGCCAUACCGCAGAGGCAUCCCUGGUGGUGCAUUCAGGGGUCGUCCUGUUGUCAGAGCUGGAGGAGCCAGAAGCAUGCAAUGGAAACGCGAUUCAGCCGAGACUGGAAACAACAUCGCAGCUCCAAACCCUCGUAGCAUGACUUACGUCCGAACAGAAUCACAACCAGACGGACAUGCAACAGUUUGAUAGAUCAUAAAACAGAAGCAAGAAUCUACUUUUGUCGGAUUUUCUCAUUUCGUUUUCCUUCCUUAUUGAUGACAUUAUGGUUCCUUUUGUAUGGAUAUUAAAAAAAAAAAAAAGA